UUCGCUUACGACUACGCCGUCAACGACCACUACACUGGUACCAACUUCGCCAAGAAGGAGGAGAGCGAUGGUCACAACACCCAGGGAUAUUACUCGGUGGUUUUGCCCGACGGCCGUGUCCAGCACGUCAAAUACGUCGCCGACCACUACGGCGGCUACAACGCUGAGGUCACCUACGAGGGAGAGGCCCAGUUCCCCGAGUACCACCCUGCUCCUGCCUACAAGGCUGCUGCCCCUGCCUACAAGGCUGCUGUUCCUGCCUACAAGGCUGCCGCUCCUGCCUACAAGAUUGCCGCCCCAGCCUACAAGUCUGCUGCUCCUGCCUACAGGGCUGCCGCUCCUGCCUACAAGGCUGCCGCCCCAGCCUACAAGGCUGCUGUUCCUGCCUACAGGGCUGCCGCUCCUGCCUACAAGGCUGCCGCCCCAGCCUACAAGGCUGCUGCUCCUGCCUACAGGGCUGCCGCUCCGGCCUACAAGGCUGCUGCCCCAGUCUACAAGCCCGUUUACAAGCAUGCUUACAGCUCUCCCACCCCGGCAUACAAGGCUGCGCCUGCUUCUUACCAUCCGGAGUCCCAGUACAAGGAGGAGGCCAGGCCGUUCGCCUACGACUACCCUGUCAACGACCACUUCACCAGCACCAACUUCGCCAAGAAGGAGGAGAGUGAUGGCUACAACACCCAGGGAUAUUUUUUACUCAGUGGCUCUGCCCGAUGGCCGUGUCCAGCACGUCAACCACCGCCGGAGCCGUGA